UACUACAGCUGACAGUUGGCGAGCCUGAACGUCGAAAUACACGCAUUCGGGCGAGAGUGAGACGCGAAAUUUUUCGUGUUCCUGCAUAAAUACAUACGACGAUUAUGAGCGAGUCCCAGUCGAAGAAAACGAGGAUCAUGAGUUCGUUGAGUCAAUUGAAGGACCUGACCACGGUGGUCGCCGACACCGGCGAUUUUCAUGCUAUGGAGCAAUUUAAGCCUACAGAUGCAACGACAAAUCCAUCAUUGAUUCUUGCUGCUGCUAAUCAAAAGAAAUAUGCUCAUUUAAUUGAAAAGGCUGCUGAAUAUGGCAAAAAGUCUGGAUCUACUUUGGCUGAGCAAGUUGAAGCAGCUCUUGAUGUCACAUGUGUUUUAUUUGGCAAGGAAAUCUUAAGUAUAAUACCCGGGAGAGUUUCAACAGAAGUAGACGCUAGAUUAUCUUUCAAUAAAGAAGCCAGCAUUGAGAAGGCGAAAAGAUUGAUUGCUCUGUACGAGGGACUUGGAGUGAGCAAGGAACGCGUCUUGAUCAAGCUUGCGUCAACUUGGGAAGGCAUUCAAGCUGCAAAAGAAUUGGAAGAAAAAUAUGGGAUCCAUUGCAAUUUGACAUUAUUGUUUUCUUUUGCACAAGCUGUCGCUUGCGCAGAGGCUGGAGUCACUCUCAUUUCACCAUUUGUUGGUAGAAUUCUGGAUUGGUAUGUGGCGAAUACAGAUAAAAAGACAUAUGAAGCAAAGGAAGAUCCAGGUGUUAUUUCUGUAACGAAAAUUUAUAAUUAUUAUAAGAAAUUCGGUUACAAGACAGUUGUGAUGGGUGCUUCAUUUAGAAACGCUGGUGAGAUUAAAGAACUCGCGGGCUGUGAUUUUCUUACUAUAAGUCCCAAAUUAUUGGAAGAAUUAGAGGAAAGUAAAGAUCCUAUUCGCAAAGUUUUGAACGUGGAAUCAGCGAAAAAAUGUGAUCUUCAAAAGAUUAGCUUAGAUGAGGCUGAAUUUAGAUGGCUCCUGAACGAAGAUCAAAUGGCGACCGACAAAUUAAGCGAAGGCAUUCGCAAAUUUGCCGCUGACGUGCGCAAACUCGAAAAAUUAUUGCAAGAAACAAUUCAGAGUUAAAACAAUGAAGAAUAACAGAAAGUAAACUUAACUGUACAACAAUAUAAUAAUGUGGGCAUAAUCGAAUGUACAAAUACAUUCCUAUUGUUUAUAUUUGUAAAAUAAUUAGUUUAUAUACUUGAGUACAAAAAAGUGGAAAAAAGGAAUAAGGUGGAAUAAAUGAGAUAUAUAUUUUUAGAAAUA